UGUGUUCUUCUAUAGACAUUAAUCAUGACAUCAUUGAACGAAAAAAUUGAUAUUAUAAAAAAACACAUCAAAGUUUAUCCCGAUUUUCCCAAAAGAGGAGUUUUAUUUAGAGAUAUAUUUUCGGUCUUACUGGAACCUGAAAUUUUUCAAAUCCUAAAGGAUGUUAUUGUGGAAAUUGCAAAAGAUAUUAAACGAAAGAAUGAUUACAAUUGCGUUGUCGGUUUAGAUGCCAGAGGAUUUAUUUUGGGCCCCCUAUUGGCAUUGGAGUUAAACCUUCCAUUUGUUCCAAUAAGAAAAGUAGGAAAACUGCCUGGCGAUACGUAUCAAAUAAAGUAUCAACUUGAAUAUGGAGAAGCCAUUUGUGAGAUUCAAAAAGACAGCAUUAAACCUGGCAGUAAAGUUUUAAUUGUCGACGAUCUUCUGGCAACAGGUGGUACUUUGGAAGCAGCUAGGCAACUGGUAUUACUAAGUGGCUCUAGUGUUGUCGCCUGUUUUAUAAUAAUGGAACUGGCAGAUUUAGCAGGAAGGAACAAGGUUCAGGCACCAGUGGAAUCUAUCUUGCAAUUUUAGAAAUAACACAAUUUUUUAUAUUUGUAUUUGUAAUUAGUAUUAUUAAAUUG